AACACGCAGUAAUUUAUUUAUGCCCUAUUAAAGCUCUGCCUAUAUCUCUCUCUGCCUGAUUGUGGGCUUGUCUAUUUUUUUUUUUUCAGUUACAUAAAUGCCCUCUUUUUUUAUUCUUAAAAUUUCUCUUCUUAGCUAAAAAUUUAGCUUUAGCUGCUUUGCUUUAAUCUGGUGGGAAGCUGCUAUUUCUUCAUCCUUUGCGUCAUCCCUUUUGCUUAUAUUUUUUUCCUUCAUCUGAGGGAAGAUUGAUCUUUGAGCUGUUUUUGGAGCUGAAAUCUGGUAGAUCAAGAGCUUAGCCCAGAUGGGUGCUUCAGGAAAAUGGGUAAAAGCUUUAAUAGGAUUCAAGAAACCAGAAAAAGAUGACUAUGAAAAGUUGGGGGGAAAAGGCAAGAAAUGGAGGCUAUGGAGGAGUUCAUCAGGGGAUCUGGGUGGGUCCUCAUCAUGGAAAGGAUUCAAAGGGCAUCGUAGGAACAGUGGUGGAUCAGAAGCCUCGGAUUCUUCAUCAGUGAAUAAUGAUGCUUUCACAGCUGCUGUAGCUACUGUUGUUAGAGCUCCUCCAAAAGAUUUCAGGGUUGUUAGGCAAGAAUGGGCUGCAAUCAGAAUCCAAACUGCCUUUCGUGGAUUUUUGGCAAGGAGAGCCUUGAGGGCCUUGAAAGGACUGGUGAGGCUCCAAGCUUUAGUCCGUGGCCGGCAGGUGAGAAAGCAAGCUGCUGUAACCCUUAGGUGCAUGCAGGCCCUGGUCAGGGUACAGGCACGGGUUAGGGCUCGCCGUGUAAGAAUGUCCAUAGAGGGACAGGCUGUGCAGAAAAUACUAGAUGAGCAUCGCAGCAAAGCUGAUCGUUUGAAAGAAGCAGAGGACGGAUGGUGCGAUAGUAGGGGAACACUAGAAGAGGUUACGACAAAGAUACAAAUGAGGCAAGAGGGAUUGUUCAAGAGAGAGAGAGCACUUGCUUACUCUAUUGCCCAGAAGUGCAAAUUUAGCCAAAAUUUUGAUUCCCGAACAAAUGUCUCGGUCCCCUCCCUUAAAAGUCAUGAACUUGACAAGAAUAGCUGGGGAUGGAGUUGGUUGGAACGUUGGAUGGCAGCAAAACCAUGGGAAAACAGACUGAUGGAAGAAGCCAACAACGAUAUUGCUGAAAAGACUCCACAUUCAAAGACCUGUUUGGAUUCUUCCAAGGGUAACAACAGAUCAAGGUCAUCUGAACCUGGCUCAGUGAAGGUAAAGAGGAACAAUGUCACUACUAGGGUAUCAGCAAAACCUCCUUUAGUUGGAUUAGCUACUCGCUCAUCCUCGAGCCCGAGUUCUGAAUUUAGAUACGAUGAGAGCUCAGCUUCAUCUUCAAUAUGCACAUCAACAACUCCUAUAUCUGGAACUACUCCUUUGACGUCAGACAGGACAGAGGACAGGAAUAACAGUAGGCCUAGCUACAUGAACCUGACUGAAUCAACUAAAGCUAAACGGAGAAAUCAAAGGAUUCUAAGGCAGUCCAUGGAUGAAUUUCAAUUUCUCAAGAAAUCAUCAGCAUUCUCCAAUGGUGAUUCCAAAAGCAGCAAUGGGUCUGAUCCAUCUUCAGUCCACUUUUCUAGGCCUCUGUGCCUGCCUACUAGGAUGGAGAAAUUCUCAAUGAACUUGACAGAAAGGGAUAGUUGCUUUUAUCAGUAGGGGAAGGGAAGGCUAAGGUUCUUCAACCAUCAGGGAUAAUUGCUUUUAUCAGUAGGAUGGGAAGGCUAAGGAUCUUCAACCAUCAAAUUUGUUGCAAGUAGUUUACAAGGCUAAGGUUCUUCAACCAUCAAAUUUGUUGCAAGUAGUUUACAACAGCUUGUUGUUAUAUAUCCAAAUGCUCUAAUUUUUUUUUCUGAUGUGCCAAAACCCCUUGUUGAAGUACUAGGACGUCUGUGAUCUUUGGUUCUUGAUAUCAUGUAAGUUGUGAUUUUGGAGACGAUAACUUCGUUAUGGCACUCAGUUGUUCAGAACAAUUGAUGAUCUCAUGCGAUGAUUGCAUUUGGGAUGAGUUUCGGUUUAGCUAAUACAUAUCUAGUGACUGGUUAGUGGUU